AUGACAGAUUCCACAGAUUCUGACAUCACAGCUACAACAUCUACAAUGAAACAUAACAUUAAUUUCAAAACAAGUCAUGAAGUUGUUAGAAUACUAAAAAUACAAUGGCGUGCUCUUUUGUUGGCCAUUUUACUCUUGAUUACUUUUUUGGUUUAUUGGACAUACGAAAUAGUUGAACUUCCAAAACUAAAAAGAUUAUACGAUGACGCAAAACCAGAAUGGGUGUCUGAAUGGUUAGCAUGUAUAUUAGAAGGGAAUGGGCAAAACAUGUGUUCUAAAAUAUCAGUACCACAUAUACCAAGGGUUACUCUUAUGAUAAUAUCAGAAUCAUUUACUGCAACGUUGGGAAUAUCCGUUUUUUUGGUGUUUGGCACUAGUAUAAAUUUAUGGGCAGAGUGGAAGGUUUAUUUUAUAAAUAGGUUUGGGGAAUUGUCAGUUGAUAAUAAUAUACCCAACGCUUAUAAAUAG